GGUAUGGGAAGGAUAAUCGAUAAUUAAUCGGGAAGAUAUUAAAUUAAAUGAGUUUAUAGGUCCGAAAUAACUUUCAUAAUAACAUGGCUGCAGAAAUUAAGCCGGCUCAACGCAGUUGUGAUAAUCGUUUCAGUUCGGAGAAGAAGUUGGAAUUGCUAAAUAAACUGGAGGGUAGUGGUGAUGAUAUUAAUUCUGCAAUAUUUAUUCCUGGAGAAAACGGAGUUAUAAGCGUAUCUGAUGACAAAACUAUACGUGUGUGGCUUAAACGAGAUUCUGGGCAGUAUUGGCCUAGUAUAUGUGAAAGUAUGCCUUCAGGAGGUACGUCUAUAUAUUAUAAUGCGGCCGAAAGACAAUUGUAUAUUGGCCAGGAUAACGGAACGGUAACCCAAUACUUAUUUUCGGAUGACUGCAACCGUCUUUCUUUUGUCCGAGAUUAUUUAGCUCAUCAGGGUCGUGUAAUGGAAGUUGUAGUAGCUCAUAUGCUGAAAUGGGUGUUGUCAUGUGGGAAGGACAAAUCAUUCGUCUUUUACUCUACCGAAAAUGGUCAGAGAUUGGGUAGUUACAGUUUUGAGACACCUUGUACUUCACUUCAAUUUGACACCAUGGCGAAAUAUGCAUUCGUUGGAGACAAUGCUGGUAUGAUCACAAUGUUACGAUGUGACGUACAAGGAGUUCAAUUCAUUAAUACCUUUAAAGGACAUACUACCAGUAUUCGAUGCUUGAAAUGGGUAGAAGAACAUCAGUUACUGUUUAGUGGAUCUUGCGACCAAAUGGUUUUUGUAUGGGAUGUUGGAGGAAAACGUGGCACAAUUUAUGAACUCCAAGGACACAAUAAUAAAGUUUCAUCACUUGCGUAUGCCAAUCAUACCCAGCAACUAAUAAGCGGAGGUGAAGAUUCUGUUAUGGUUUUUUGGGAAAUGAAUGCGAUGCGAAAGGAAGUACCAGGAUGGGUUGAAAGCAAUAGUUGUCAACAAUGUCAACGUCCAUUUUUUUGGAAUUUCCGAGCAAUGAUGGACCAAAGACAAAUAGGCAUUCGACAGCACCAUUGUCGACACUGUGGAAAGGCUGUAUGUGACAAUUGCUCUGUAAACCGUAUUAAUAUCCCUAUAAUGGGAUUUGAAUUCGAUGUGCGUUGUUGUGAUCCAUGCUAUAAGCAAUUACAAAGUGUUGAACGUCCUUCAUUGGCUUCAUUUCAUGAUGCAAAACAUUCUAUCAUUAAUAUGGACUUGGAUGAGAAUCGAAAGUUGUUAUUGACCGUUGGACAGGAUCGUAUUAUUAAAAUCUGGGAUUUAUCUUCAAUUUGGGCAUAAUAAAAAUGGCCUAGCUUUAUCUGGAUUUAUGCUGAAAUCCCUUAUUAAGGAUUUUAUUUUGCUAUUACAAAUUUUAUUUAUUCAUGAUUUAUCUCAAUUUAUAAGAAGUUUUAUUCCAUUGGAAGCAUAAUAACGUGUGUGGAUGAUAGAUACCUGUCGAGCUCCAUUUCUAAAAUUUGUAUUGAAAUUAUUUGUAAUUCUUUGCGCAUAUUGGGAGACACCAAAGCAAAGUUCGCUAUAAAAACUGAAUAAUGCUGUUGUCGUCUUUAUUUGUAUCAUGUAAUGAAUAUUUAAUAAAUGCAUAUGUGGACUAAUA